AUGGCACCAUCGAGACGUCGUGCAGGAUCUUCAAAAGCAGCCACCAAUGAACAGUUAGCUCAAAGCCUUCAUCAACUAACGCGGAUCACCCAGACGCUGAGCAACGCCCUCCUCAACAUCAAUCACCCUCUUCAAAAUGGGAAUCGUGACAUAGUAUGCCAAGUCGCAAGCCUCCGUUCCCCGAUCUUCGCCGGUGAAGAAGAUCCUGCUGUGUUGGACGAGUGGAUCCGGAUGUUUGACAAGAUCUUCGAAGCUGUGGUUUGCCCGGAGGAUCGCCAAGUGGAGUUAGCUACGUCCUACCUUCGGCCAGAAGCGGACUCAUGGUGGAUGCUUGAAAGGCCAACUUGUAGACAAGAUCCGAAGUCCAGUUGGGAAAACCUGAAGUUUAAGUUACGUGAGCGGUUCUGUCCUGCUCAUCAAGUUCAUAAAGGAAUCCGGGAGAUCCGUAAGAGGAAGCUUGAUGGAAGUGUUACACAUGUGGUUAAGAGUUUGAAGGUUGCUAGUGCUGAAUCAACAAGAAGUUUUCAAAGAGAUGGCUCUAAGGGAAGUAAGGCUCUCCAGCUAAUCGGGAAGAUCAAGGCUAAGGGAAGGCGCUCCGUUUGCAAGAAGUGUGGAAGUGAUCACCCCGGCGUGGACUGUCAUGGGAAGCCGAUAGAAUGCUUUGCUUGUGGUAAGAAAGGUCACCGGUCCUUUGAGUGCAGGGCUAAGAAGAGGACUUCAGCGGACACAAAAUUAGUUGGUAGUGUGGGACCCAGGUCGAGAAGAAAGUCUUGA